AUGGCAGAAACUCCCCGGCCUGACCCUAACCUAACCCGCCUCCUACCGCCGGAGGCAACCGCCCCGGGCGAGAGAGCAACGACGGCCGCCGGAGCGAGGGAGCCCGCGGCGCAGGGACGGGUCGCUCCUCCGACCCACGUGCUGCCGCCGGCCGGCCCUCCGCACGCCUCCCCGCCGACGGGCUCGCCGGCCCCUCCCCGCGCGCCUUCCCUCCGACGGGCGCGGUCCCUCCCCGCGCACCUCCCCAUCGACGGGUGCCGGAUCCUCCCCACACGCGCCUCGCCUCCGACGAGCUCGCCGGCCCGUCCCCGCCUCCGGCGGCUGCCGCGCGCCAUCCGAGCCUCCCUCCGCCGCCACGCACCGCCAUCCCCGCCCCGCGCCGCCACCCCGAGCCCCUCCGCCGUGCGCCGCCACUCCGAGCCCCACCGCCCUGCGCCUGUCACCCCCGCCUUGCACAGCAUCCUACCGACCGGACCAGCCGCCGGCCGAAUCCAGCCUCGCCCCCGAGCUUCGUCCUCUUCCUCGCCGAGACACGCGACAGCCACCCCAAUUCGGGUGUAUUAA